UCUGAGUCUCUAAUUGCUCAGGCAGAUUUUGAAGUAACCAGGAGCACAGAGGUAGAUAAGAGGCAGCACCUCUGUAUGAUGAUAUCAGGUUGGUGGUCGAGUCAAUUAAAAAGAGCACUUGAAAGAGAGAUUUAAAUAAGCACUUGUGCUAAUGCUAUUUAAUUGAAGUGUCAACACUGCUUUGAAAAGAUUGUGUUGACUUGGCCGAGGGGUGAGAGUGUUGCAUGUUUUUUGUCGUUGUCUUGGUGCCAGUGGCCUCAGCUUUGCCGUCCAGUGAGAGUAGCCGCUGACUAAUUAAUCCUCUUUGCGCUCUUCGCUCCUGCAGCUCUGCUCUGUGGCAGUGGUUAACUUUGUUUCAGAAGGCCAGGUGGUGACCUACAAUCCUGGGCAGAACGGCUCCACACAUCUUAGUCGGGCGUGUACAUCUCCUCCUGUCACAUCGGUGCUGGACAGGGCAUCGCAGUGGGAGCUACUUCAAGUUUUCCUAUCAUGGAUUAGGCCUUAAUUUUCAGAUCUGUGUACGUUAGCUAAGCGAUGGAACCUGCAAAAGUGGAUUAUGACGUGCUGGAUGUAUAUGUCCUGUGGCUGAAGCUAGAGAUGGCGAGUGGAUGCACAAUAUGUAAAACUAUACAGGCUGCUGCCUUCUCCUGAUCUGAGGCCAACAGCUGGGGUCAGCCGAGGUCGUCACCAUGGUGACCUUCGCUGAGACGACGCAGAUCUCCCCCAUGGAGUUGCAUGAGCCGCCAUGUCUGACCGCCACCCUGUCCCCGGGGCUCCGACGGAAAAAGAUGCUGUGGCAGAACGCUGUGAAGCACAUCAUGAUCCAGCAGGAGCUCAGCGCCCAGGUGGGUGUGGAACCAGCACGCAAUAUGUGUGUGACCGACGCCUACAUGGAGGAGAUCAACCGACAAAUCCGCAGCAAGGCCUCGCGUGGGGUCACAAAACGCCGUUCCUCCACAUUCAGAGUCCAGCCCUCCAUUACUCGUGGUUCCACCAGCACACAUGGCAGCGUCGGGGGUUCUGCUAACGACUACUCCAGCGACGCCGACUUCUUUGUGCACUGGGGUCGCACCGUUCGUGGUGUCUACAUACCCAUGCUGAGGCACACCUUCAAGUCCAGGGACCUGGAGAAACUCUACCAGCUACACUCAUCCCACCAAAGACGAAACUCUCUCGCCAUCACCAAUGUGAUCGAUGCUGUGGCGAAGUUGCACGUGUUGGUUUUGUACCUGGCGUUGGCCCCCGAGGCUGCAACCGACACAGUGCGAUGCUGCCUGACAGGCCUUUUCAUGGCGUUAGCUAUAGUCCUGUGUAUCGUGGUGUUAACCCACAAAGACUCCAUGUCCCCACGGUGGCUUCACUAUGCUGGCCUUGCUAGCUGGUUGUCGCAGACCACGCAGGUGCUGGGGGGACUGGUGUACGGACUGGAAAAAGACCCGUCGUGGUACGUUUUCUUCACAUUGUUCGCAACCUACACGCUGCUGCCAUUGCCUCUGCUGUGGGCCAUGUGCGCCGGCUCCCUCACCUCAAUACUGCACCUUCUGGUGGAGAUAGUGCGCUACUACAAUGAUGCUGUGCUUUUGAGAAAGAUGUUUGCCAAAGGCCUCCUGUACCUCGGUAUGAACACAGCUGGCUUGUUCAUCCACUACCUGACCGACCACGCCCAGCGACAAGUUUUCCUGGAGACACGGCGCUGCAUCGAAGGUCGCCUCAGAUUAGAGCAAGAGAACCAGAGACAGGAGCGCCUAGUGCUGUCGAUCCUACCUCGCUUUGUUGCCUUGGAGAUGAUUGCUGACAUGAGUUCUUUGGAAGAUGAACUCAACCCUCAGGAGUUUCAUAAGAUCUACAUUCACCAGUACAGAAACGUCAGCAUCCUUUUCGCAGACAUCAAGGGCUUCACCCUGUUGUCCAUGAACCUCUCAGCUCAGGAUCUGGUUCGAACCCUCAAUGAGCUCUUUGGACGCUUUGACCGGCUGGCAGAUGAGCACCACUGCUUGAGGAUAAAGAUACUGGGAGAUUGUUAUUAUUGUGUGUCCGGGGUCCCUGAGCCUCAGCGAGCCCACGCCCAGUACUGUGUUGAGAUGGGCCUGGCUAUGAUCAACACUAUACGGUACGUACGGAAGCAGCUGAACUUCAACAUGGACAUGAGGAUCGGGAUCCACUCCGGCUCUGUCCUCUGUGGGGUUCUCGGCCUGCAGAAGUGGCAGUUUGAUGUGUGGUCCUGGGAUGUGGGCAUCGCCAACAUGCUGGAGGCAGGAGGGAUACCAGGACGCAUUCACAUCUCAAGGGCGACUCUGGACUGUCUAGAAGGCACCUACAAGACGGAGGAAGGUCAUGGCCGUGACAGGAACGAGUUCCUACGUAAACACAACAUCGACACCUUCCUCAUCUGCCCUCAGGAGGACAGGAACAAAGUUGACCACAGUGAGCCUCCCAAAACCCAGAAACCUAUUCGAACCUGGACCCCAGAGGUAGCUUAUGGGAACGUCACUGACAUGAACAGUAUCCUGGCCUCCUUCACAAACGGCUCUCUGCCCAACAUCUGGCAGUCCACCUCCAAAGAGAUCAACAAACGUAUCAGACAUGCCAUUGAGGUUCGAAGCAGCGAGCAAAUGCACAAGGAGCACAUCACUCCGCUGACUCUGGUGUUCAAGGACACGCACAUUGAGAACAAGUUCUCCCAGAUGAGAGAUGAAAUGUUCAACUCCAACCUGGUCUGCUCCUUCAUCAUGCUCCUCUUCCUCAUGGCCGCCCAGGCCCUCAUCCCUGCUCCCAGCGGGAUGUUUCCAGCCAUCCUCCAGUUUUCGGUCUUUCUGCUUGUCUACCUGCUGCUGCUGCUGGUUGCUCUUGCUGAAGAAUUCAAGUGGACUCCUGCAUCACUGCAGCAGUUCUGCUGCUUUAUCCAUGAAAACAACAGGGCCCGGAACCUGCUCACCCUCACAGCUAUCGUCAUUAACUUCGGUUUGGCCUCCACUGACAUGGUGUGGUGUGUUCUCACAAGCCCAGGACAAGCUGACAUCCUGGAAAAGACCAGCACAGGUUCACGUCCACUCACUGUCUGCACUUACCCUGAGAUCUUUGUGUUGAGCGGCGUGAUCGCCAUGGUGACCUGCGCCGUGUUCCUGCGUCUGAACUCUCUGCUGAAGCUGGCGGUGCUGCUGCUGGCGGUGGCUGUUUACUCCUACCUCAUCCACCUGGCCUUCUUCAACCUCACACGCCAAGACGUGCUGCACAGGUCUCACUAUCUCAGGAGAAAAGGAAUUUCCAUCCUUCUCAUGGCCAUGUUUCUUGUUGCUGUCUUCUACAAUGGGCGGCAGUGGGAAGCUACUGCCAGACUGGACUUCCUGUGGCGUCUGCAGGCCCAGCGGGAGGUGGAGGACAUGAGGGAGCUGCGGGAACACAAUGAGUGUUUGCUUCACAACAUCUUGCCGAUGCAUGUUGCACGACAUUUCCUGGACCGGAGCAAAAAUGACGAGGAGCUUUACUCCCAGUCCUAUGAUGAAGUAGGUGUUAUGUUUGCCUCCAUCGCUGGGUUCAACGAGUACUUUGAGCAGAAAGAGAUCAAACAUGAAGGAGUGGACUGCCUCCGACUGCUGAAUGAGAUCAUUGCUGGCUUUGAUGAGCUGCUGGAGGAGUCGUACUUCCACUUUGUAGAGAAGAUUAAGACGAUUGGAAGCUGCUACAUGGCAGCGUCUGGUUUAGCUCCAGAUAAACAGGCAUCAAUGGAUGAAUGGAAUCACCUCAGUGAGCUGGUUUUGUUUGCGCUGGCAAUGCAAGAAACACUGAAAGAGAUUAAUAGGCACUCUGCCCAAAAAUUUGACCUGCGUGUGGGCAUUGCCCAUGGGCCGGUGGUCGCAGGGGUGAUCGGCGCCACCAAGCCACAGUACGAUAUCUGGGGAUCCACAGUGAACCUGGCCAGCCGCAUGGACAGCACAGGUGUGAGCGGACGCAUCCAAGUACCUGAAGCCACCCGCAAGAUCCUGACAGACUGGGGCUUUGUCCUGGAGCUACGAGGAGAAAUCUUUGUCAAGGGGGUGAGCGAGCGCCAGGGGAAAGUCCGUACCUAUUUCAUCAGCACCAUGCGCAAUCAGAGGGCCAACACUGGGACAGAUGGUCACCUCGGGGGUCGGACAGGAGGACGUAUGACCCUGGCAGAAGUGGUGUUUGGUCUCGUCCAGGCCAGACACAAGGAGACACACAGAGACACCAACGGCUUCAGUCUGGCUUCCUGCAAACUGCAGUGCUGAUGGGACUGUUAGGUGGCUGCAUGUAUAGGAGGACACCGUCCAGCCAUAUUACUCCUACUGGUUUACAGCUUCGAUGCUCUUGUUCCAUUGGUUGCCAUAACUGAAUUAGCUGCACAAACAGGUCUAACUGUGGAAGGAUUCAGUCCAAUCAAAGCCUUUGUUUCCUCCAUGACUGUGUCAUCCUCAACUCUCCAGUCAGCUCAGAAUGAUUAAAGUUUGGUUUUUAAAGCUUAAAAGUCGGGGUAGGCAGACAUCUGAGAGGAAAAUCCCAGGAUUUGAUAAUACAACCUCCUCUUGAGCUCUUCCCUCUCAGUCCUAAGCCCCUCCAUGUAAAAAAACAGACAACUAAGAACGAGCAUUUACUUGUGGAAUCACACAGGAUCUUCAGUGAAAGUCAGUUUAACCACUACAUCACACGUCCCCUCCUGAUGAUGGAACCAUAACUGAUUUAAUGAGCCAUUCGCAGUUUCACUGUACCGGCUGUGUGUACUUAGACUUGCAUGGCUUAGUCUUUGAGUCAAGCAUAUGCGACUGGCAGGAUCAACCAGGUAGCCCAGAGAACUUAAUUAGAGCCCAACUGUUCCUGGAUUUUGACGGCCAAUUGAUACCAAUUUAGGAGACUAGAAAGCAUCACAACAUUGAUAUAUACCGGCCGAUUUUUUACACUUUUAAUUUUCUUUUUUCAUGCAGUGGUCCCUCAAAUUAGGAUAUCAAACAGUAGUUUUGAGUUCUUUUGUUCAAACAUAACAUGAAUAGAUAGAUGUUGAUUAUCUUGACAGUUUUGAUGAAAGCUAUCGCCUUCUUCAGAAGAUGCCUUGAUCAGAAGCGUCUUCUGAAGAAGGCGAUGGCUUUCACCGAAACUGUCAAGAUAAUCAACAUCUAUCUAUUCAUUUUAUGUCUGAACAAAAGAACUCAAAACUACUACAUGAAUUAGAAGACAUGAUGAACGUUUUUGAGAUAGGUUAUCAAACACUUGAGGGGAUUAGAAGCAGAGUGGUCUAACCCACAAAAAAUCCGAAUUGAGUUUUAUAUAAUUUCUGUAAUAUUUUAUGGUCUAGAUUUUAGUGACAAAGUGGUCUAACCCACAACCCAAAUAUAGCGUUACGGUGGCGCUUCCAGUGUUAGACCAUUCUUGAAAACACAAAACUUUGAACUUAUUUUUCUCCAAAACUACAGAAAGUGGGUUAGAUCACUCUGCUUCCAAACCCUUCAGCUCUUACAAACAUAAAGGAUUGAAGAUAAAGGUGGUAUAUUUUAUGGUUCUACAACCAACUUUAUUGUCCAAAGUGACUGUAAAUCACUCACUUCUUGCUUGUCAAAAUGUCAUUUAUACAAAUUAUAAUAAGGUCGCGACCCAUGCUUACCUUUCAAUCUGCUAUGACGCUAUAGCCGGUAAGCUACCUCGCUAACAUAGCAAACAAAUGUAAUUUAAGCUCGAGUUGUAUGACAGUUACCGGGGGUACGGUUGUGUUAGAGUUAUAUUGAAACAGAAAAAUGAGGGGGGGUCAUUAUUUACUAAAUUUCCAAUAAUGUAAAUCACAAACUAGUUAGCAUUUAUGUUAGGAAACCGCUUGAUUCUGUGACAUGAACUCUGCUUGCGGCAUGUGCUGAUGAGAACAUUACAAGUUGGAGCUCGCUCUGCUGGACGCACUACAAGAUGACACCAUUUCAAGCUUAUUCCAAGCCUCUAUUUCUGCAUUAUGUUCUGAAAUCAUGGACAACAUACAUGCACAUGCCAAUAUAUCUGUGAUAUGCCAAAAUCAGCAGGUAGAUAUAUCAGCCAGACUCUACUCUUCAUACCAACCUCACCUUCUCUGGCUAAAGCCUUCUGUCACUAGAAAGGCUUGUGUGUAAUUUUUGACCAGUGAUGCCAAAUAAGUACUGCCUACCCCGGCUUUAAUCAACAAAUAGAGGAAUUCACCCGGUUGGUUUCAUUUCUUGAGUUCUGGAGCUUUCAUCUUUGAAUAAUUGAGCUGCAUUUUCUGAACUUUACUUAGAAAGCGCUUAACCGUCCUAUCGGCCUCUUUUGAUUUCAAUGAGCAUCUUGAGAGCACUGCUGUCUGUUUUUCUUGCCAUAUCAACACUAUAACCACCUUUUUUUAGCAGUUGCGUUCAUUUUGUAAAGGAAAGCCAACACGUCUUUCUUGUUUGCCAGGAUAAUAUUCAGGUCUUUAAGCCAAAACACAGAAUACCUCAAAGCAACCGGCUCGACCUCUUCUACACACUAACGCUACCCAUGAUGGCCUAUAAAAUACUGACUGGGGUUUUUUACUGCAUCUUUUAAGAAAGUUUUCAGUACAUUUCAUGUUGUGAGAUGAAACAUUUUUUCUGCUUAGCUGCUGUUAUCUGACAAUUUCACCGUGUGUGUUAAAGCAUUAUAUUUUCACGAUUAGCUGUCAGUGCUGCUCUGGAUUUCUGACAAAUCACACGGUAGACAUGUCAGUUUUGGUUUACUAUUCCCCAGAUGUUUAACCACAGUUUUAUUCCCAACAUAGCUGGAUAAACUAACUUCCUAUUCACCCAUAAUUCCAUACCACUCCUCUUCUUGCAAACCAAACAACAUAGGAAGUUGCUUUUUCUUGAAGUAAUACUAUUUUAUACUGAUUCCAGUUGACACAGUCAGAUGAAAACCUUGAGAAUCCUUUUACCUUGAAGGAAGAUGAGCUCCUCUGUGAGACUUCUGAUGGUUUCCUGCAGUUAUUGUGUAGAUGAAAACCUUUUCAAAGACAUGUUUAAUUGUUAUUACCAUCUAAUGAAUGCUGAUCUAGGCCUUUAAAAUGAGGCUGCGAGUUCUAAAAAUGUGCUGUUCUGGAAAUCUGUAUCAGCAAAAUGGAAUAUUGUAAUUUUUCCUAGCUAUAUUAUGCUUUUUUUAUAUUGAAUUUUUACAUAAAGCUUAAAUAGUGUACACUUUCUGCCAAUAAAAACCAGUAAUGUGCAUAAAACUGUGA